GAACGCCUGCUUGUCCGACUGCUCAGCUGGUGCUACGGGUAUUCAACCAUGGCAGGGACAAUGGGCAUUUGUCACAGAGCUCACUCAUCACUCUGUAUCAGGUUGCUCAGAGCCCCACAGCUCCAUUACUCGCCUGUACACCGAUCCCAGCGAUUGUUGAUUCCAGGCAGGUGUGUUGGACUUAAUUUCUGCACCGUGUCCAUGGCUCAGUCCGAGGCAGUGAAGGAAAUUGUGUCUGAUCAAACACGCGUUGGAUGGAUCGGUACUGGCGUCAUGGGCCAGGCUAUGUGUGGUCACAUAUUGGCUGCAGGAUUUCAAGUUUCUGUCUAUAACAGAACUGCAAGCAAGGCUCAAGAUUUGUGUUCCAAAGGGGCUACGAUGGCUGAUUCACCAUUAUCUGUAGCGCAACAAAGCGAUGUCGUAUUCACCAUCGUAGGCUAUCCUUCUGAUGUGCGGGAGGUAAUGCUUGGAGAAAAAGGCAUUUUGAAAGGUCUUCGACCUGGGGGAAUUGUUGUGGAUAUGACAACUAGUCAACCCUCUCUAGCACGUGAACUAUCAUUGGCUGCCAAAGAAAGAUCAUGUGAAUCGAUAGACGCACCAGUAUCUGGAGGAGACAAGGGAGCCAAAUCAGGCACUCUUGCCAUCAUGGUUGGAGGGGAAAAGAAUACUUUCGAAUUAUUGGCACCCUUGUUCAAAUGCAUGGGAAAUGCUACAUAUAUGGGACCUGCAGGAUCAGGUCAAAGUUGUAAACUAGCGAAUCAGGUUACUAUUGCCUCAACCAUGAUCGGUCUUGUGGAGGGUAUGAUUUACGCUCAGAAAGCUGGGUUGAAUGUUGACACGUUUUUGCAAGCUAUUUCCGGGGGUGCAGCUGGUUCCAAAUCUUUGGAGCUAUACUCUGGUCGCAUCAGAAAUAGAGAUUUUGAUCCAGGUUUCUAUGUGAAUCAUUUUGUAAAGGAUCUCGGUAUCGCACUGGAGGAGUGUAGAAAUAUGGAUCUAGCACUUCCUGGCCUUGCAUUGGCUCAACAACUUUACGUUUCUCUCAAAGCUCACGGUGAAGGAGCAUUAGGAACCCAAGCUUUGAUUCUAGCUCUGGAGCGCCUAAACAACAUUAAACAGUAGAAUACUUGUCGAAUAUUCAGGAACAACUCACUAGCACCUGGCUGGAAGUGUAUUGGUCUCCAUUGAAGGGCAACCUUCAUAUGGUUCUGAUCUGCCUGCAUUUUACUCGUCGAAAUGGAUCUGCGACGAAGAAGAAAGCAGGCAAAUACCACUCGUGAAGAGCGGAAACAUAUUCAGCAGAUGCAGGUCCAUACACAACUAGAUCCGCCUAGGCGGCUGCAGCGUAGUUGGUAGUCUCAAGUAAAUUGUGUACAUACUGUGGCAUUGAAGAAGAGACUCCACCUGCUUUCGUCGUUUGUCAGGUUUUUUGCAAAGGUAAGAUGGUCCGGGGUCUACAUGAGGGUCUACAUGAGGAGAUGUUCAAGUGAUGAACGAUAAAACACAAAGUUACUACGAUUUUCAUUUUGGGGUCGGUAGGCGAACAUGUAUAAACCUUUAAGGGUCAUAAGGUAAAGUAUAUUUCCCUCAUAGUAGAGGCCAACCAACUCAAGGAAAAAUUAUAUUUAAUUCUCGUCCUUC